AUGACUGCCUGCGCCAUGGUCGCCGCCUACUCCGACCGUCUCAAGUUCGGCACCAGCGUUAUCGCCAUGCCCCUGCGCAACCCUGUGGUGCUGGCGAAGCAGAUCGCCACGCUGGACUUCCUUUCCCAGGGCCGCUUCUUCCCUGCGGUUGGCCUGGGGCAGGAAGAGCCCGAGGAAUACGAGGCCUGCGGCGUCAGCAAGGAGCGACGGGGACCCCGAACCGACGAGGCUAUCCAGUUGAUGCGCCGCCUUUGGCAGGAAGACAUGGUUACCCACGAGGGCGAAUUCUAUUCCUGCCACAACGUGUCCGUCACGCCCAAGCCCUUCCUGCAGCCGUCGACUCCGGUCUGGAUCGGCGGACGCACCGCCGCUGCCGCCCGCCGCGUGGGCCGGGUUGGCGAUGGUUGGCUCGUCUCCAGCGCCACUCCUGCCGAGAUUAAGGAGGGCCGCGACAUUCUCUUCGAGACGGCCGACGAAUUCAAUCGGGAAAUCGAAGACGACCACGUUGGCGUAUUGAUGGGCUACUACGUAAGCAACGACGUUGAGGAAGCCACCAUCAAGGCCAACCAGUACGUUACCCGCCAACGCCCCGACGCCCACUUCACCGAGUUCACUGCCGUCGGGCCCGUUGACCGUAUUGCCGAGUACGUCAAUCGCUACGUGGAGUCCGGUGCCUCGAAGUUCGUCGUCCGCCCCCUGUGCCCGGCCGAGGAAAAGCAUUGA